CUGCGCUUUGGCUGCUCGUAAUGCUUUGACAUCAGCUGUUCUACCAACACUACAGUAGCAUCCUGCUGGAAGACACAAGGACUCCGUUGCAUUAUGUUUCUUUUAUUAACUGUCGCGGGCCUCGGGGUGACAACGCUGCUGGUGGUUGUGUUUGCAUCACACAUACGAAGAUAUGCAGCGGGAGGAGUUUGCAAGUCCACGGUUCGUAUGGAUGGGAAGACAGUUCUCAUCACAGGAGCCAACACGGGGAUUGGGAAGGAGACUGCACUGGACCUGGCAAUGCGAGGGGCUCGGGUGAUUAUGGCCUGCAGAGACGUGGAAAAGGCAGAGGAGGCUGCGGCCAGUAUACGAGCUACGUACCCGAAAGCACAAGUGGAGGUCAGAGAGCUGGAUUUGGCCGACACCUGCUCCAUACGAGCCUUCGCACAGAAAUUCCUGAGAGAGGUCCAACAUCUUCAUGUCCUCAUCAACAACGCUGGAGUGAUGAUGUGUCCCUACACAAAAACGAUCGAUGGCUUUGAGAUGCACAUUGGAGUCAAUCAUUUGGGUCACUUCCUGUUGACGUACCUCCUCAUCGGGAUUUUGAAGCGCAGCGCUCCGGCUCGGAUCGUGGUGGUCUCCUCUCUGGGACACAAUUUCGGCUGGAUCCGCUUCCACGACCUCCACAGCCAGGGCAGCUACCACAGCGGAUUAGCGUACUGCCAGAGCAAGCUGGCAAAUGUGCUCUUCACCAGAGAGUUGGCGCGCAGACUCAAAGACACCAACGUGACAGUGAACUCGGUCCACCCUGGAACGGUAAACUCUGACCUCACCAGACACUCGACUCUCAUGGCGAUAUUUUUCACCGUCCUGUCCAUGUUCCUGAAAACUCCACGGGAGGGAGCACAGACAAGCAUCUACUGCGCCGUGGCAGAGGAGCUGCACUCCAUCUCUGGGAAGCACUUCAGCGACUGCGCCCCUGCCUUUGUGGCCCCGCAGGGAAGGAGUGAGGAGACGGCGAGGAGACUUUGGGACGUCAGCUGUGAGCUUCUUGGCAUCGAGUGGGACUGAUUCAGCCUUCAGACCGGCGCCAACUCAGUUCUUUCAGGAGUUAACAUUCAUUUCAGUUUCUUUUUUCCCAUUAUGGUUUUGAUGUUCUGUACAUUGAAUACCUAAUAAGCAGUCAGGUAAGUCAAGUAAGAGGUGACGUGGAGUUGCUUUUUUGUGUAAUAAUGUAGUAAUUACAUUAUAAUUACUUGCGUAUUCUGGUGCUCUAUGACGGCUCGCCAAACCAGAACUACUCAGUAAUAUUAUCAUGUAAACACAAAUACCUUUUUGACUAUUUUUGUGACACAAUGUGAAAAGCAGUGUAAGCAAAAAAAAAAAAAAAGCGACUUGAUGUGUUUUAGGCUUUAGGAUACACCGAAGGGUCAAUGCAGGGUAAAAAAAAAAAAAAAAGAAAUUAAAAAUAAGACCAGCAUCUUUAUCAAUCCUUGUUUUGUUUAAUUUUUUUUUUUUUUUUUUUUUUUUUAAUUUAUCCAGCUUGAUUUUUGUGCCAGCAUUUCUAAAACAACUGCAGGGGUUCUUUAUAGUCUUUCUAGGUCAAUAAGAAAACUUAAAAGUCUGAGCCACAAUUCCCACCUUGUGUGAUAACUGUCGAUGUACGAGAUAAGGUUUUUUCUAUUUCAAACAAAUUCCGAGCUGGAAUCAUGUCACCGCGAUGACGGCAGCUAACGUUAACCCUCCCUCAUCGACGCAGCCUGCACAUCCUGGAGGAAUUAGUUUUACACGGAUAAAAAAGGAUCUCCCUACGUCAUGUUUCCUUUGCAGCAUUCACAAACAAAAGUUGCCAAGAGUUUACAUUCUGUGUUUUAUACAAGUGAAACAUGCCUUUUACUACACUUACAUUCAUGUCAAGAGUUGAAUGUUUACAUUUUAUGUAAAUAAACGGAAAUAUUACUA